UGUUGUUGUGUUUGCUAUGGAGAAGCCCAUCAUUUCAGCUGUUUAGCGCGAAAUCGGUAGUUCCAUCGAAACGCUCCGAGAGAUUUGUUGUUCGCAUCUCUGUGAAAAAAAGAAAAAAAAAUCCUAGAAAAUCUCGAGUUUCCGGCCAUUGGAGGAGGUCACUCACUAGAUUCGUCUUUGAUCCCGAUUCGUGUGUCAUCGAUAACGGAUUCGAGCUGUUAUAACUAAAUCUAGGGUGUAAAGUUAAGUGGAGGGGAUGGAGAUGGAUUUGUUUGUGACUCCGGAGAAGCAGAGGGAUCGUCCUUCAGUGAGCUUGCGGAAAACUCCUGUGAGAAGGAAGUUGAUAGUUGAUGAUGAUGAUGAUGAUAACGAGAUUGCGUCAGAGAAGAAAGGUCAAUCAAGAACUACUGGUGGUGGCCUUCGCCAGUUCAGCGUUAUGGUGUGCCAGAAGUUGGAAGCCAAGAAGAUCACUACAUACAAGGAGGUUGCAGAUGAAAUCAUUUCUGAUUUUGCAACAAUUAAGCAGAACGCAGAGAAGCCUUUGAAUGAGAAUGAGUAUAACGAGAAGAACAUAAGGAGGAGAGUCUAUGAUGCGCUCAAUGUUUUCAUGGCCUUGGAUAUCAUCGCUAGGGAUAAAAAAGAAAUCCGGUGGAAAGGGCUUCCCAUCACCUGCAAAAAGGAUGUCGAACAAGUUAAGAGGGAUCGAAAUAAGGUUAUGAAUAGUGUGCAAAAGAAGGCUUCGUUUCUUAAAGAAUUGAGAGAAAAGGUAUCUAGUCUUGAGAGUCUUAUGCUGAGAAAUCAGGAGAUGGUUGUGAAGACUGAAGGCCCAGCAGAAGGUUUUACCUUACCACUCAUUUUACUUGAGACAAAUCCUCAUGCAGUAGUCGAAAUCGAGAUUUCUGAAGAUAUGCAACUUGUUCACCUCGACUUCAAUAACACACCAUUCUCGGUUCAUGACGAUGCAUACAUAUUGAAACUGAUGCAAGAACACAAGCUGCAGCAAAACAGAGCUUCUUCCUCUUCCUCUGCACAUCAUCAGUCUCAACAUUCUUCCUCCAGUUCCUGCAUUGCUUCUGGAACCUCAGGCCCGGUUUACUGGAACUCAGGAUCCAAUUGAUGCUCACCGACCGAGAAAACCGGUGAUUAUCUCCCCAAUUCUUCAAGGAAGAAGAAGAAUAACAAGGGAUCUAAUUGGUAUACUAUGAAAAAGUUAUACUUCUGGCUUUGUGUCAUAUGAGAGAGCUUGUAAUCUUAUAAUUCAUAGGCCAACAUCAAAUGUUUGUUUAUCCAAUUUUUCCGUUACAAAUGAAACCUCCUGUACUUUUUUCUAGUAUUAGAAAACCGAUUCGGUUUACUCUUGA